GUUUCGCUAAAAUGAUGAUUAACUGGUUUUGUGUAGUUUUCAUAUUGUGAACGCAGUGUAACAAAGAAACAAAGAAAUAAUAAUUAAAGAAAUUAUAAAUACACAUUUGAAGAGUAUAAAACCAAUUAUGUGCGAUGCACCUAGGACAGUCGCAAAGAUACUUCAAACUACUGGCAGUAGUAGUAGUUUUUACCUUAGUUUUUCUAAUUUUUACAAGAAAAAAUUUACCUGAAACGUCCCAAAAUAUUGUUUAUAGAGACACCAGAGAAAAUUUCAUAAAUUUGGUAAACGAACGGCUAGCUAGUCUUAAUAGAACUAAGACUAAGGAUAAAAAUGGAUUGGCAAUUGAUUUAGGAAUUGAAGAUGUGGAUGUACUACAGGAAGAUGAAUCUCAGUUGAAUAUAGAUGAUAGAAUGCCCUCAGCUUAUCUACGGUUUCACGAACCAGAGACCAACAUAAACAAAUCAUAUUGUAAAUUUAAUUAUGACCUUCCUCACGAUUUUCAAUACAGAAGGUACGACUUUCCACCAAGUGAAAGAAGGAAAUCUCCCUACAGGGUACUGUAUAAUGUUACUGAAGCUUACAACAUUGAGGAUGUGCCUAAAGUGACAUAUGCCACUCAUGUCACUGCAAAUUUUGCGUAUUAUAUCCCAGAGCUCUUAAGGUACUGGAAUGGAUUGAUAUCUGUGGCAGCCUUUGUUCCCGAUUUGGAUGCAGCUCUAUUCUUGGAACAAAUUAAUCAGUACUGCUAUUGCGAACCAGAAAUGUACAGGGUGUCCAUACAUAUCGUCGUUCCUCAGUCCCUGCCAAUAUCAAAAAAGGAUAUUUAUUUUGACCCACCUGACAGUUGCACUCCAAUAGAUUCUUCAAAGAUACAAGUUUAUUCGAAUUUUGAUGACACAACAAUCUAUCCGAUAAAUGUAUGUCGGAAUGUAGCAAGAACAUCGUCAUUGACAAAAUACGUUCUACUUUCUGAUGUCCAGCUAAUGCCUAGUAAAGAUAUGGCAAGUGGUUUUCUUAAGAUGAUAGAAACAUACGACAAAACCGACCCUAAAGAAGUGUUCGUGUUGCCUAUCUUCGAAGUGGCCGAAACAGAAUUCAUACCCGAAACCAAGGAAGAUUUGAGAACCCUCAUAGCAAAUUCUAAAGCUGUCUAUUUCCAUGGCAUGAUUUGCAAGCAUUGUCAGAAAUUUCCUGGUAUCGAAGAAUGGGUAGAUACCAUCAAUUCUACAGAAAUUGAGCCUUUUAUUACGUUGAAAAGACACUAUCCGUACCACAGAUGGGAACCUAUAUUUAUUGGUACCAAUGCAGAACCUUUGUUUAACGAGCAGUUGUCUUGGGAAGGCCUUCAGGACAAAAUGCUUAAUAGUCUGGAAAUGUGCGUUCAAGAUUACGACUUCACAAUUUUGGACAACGCCUUCCUGACACAUUGGCCAGGUAUAAGAACUGAAAAACUUAAAACAGAGGAUUGGAGAACACCGUACAUCAACCAGAAUAUGGCAGUAUACAACGUUUCUAUUGAAGUUUUAAAAAAGAAAUACACUUACAUAGAGGGAUGCUCGCUAAAUUCAACUAUGAACUUGCACUACAUCAGCAAGAAACAUAAAAAAGUGAACAGUGAAAAAGAAAUGUGAGACACUUCAUCAAUUGGGCUUUGGAAGACAAUUGGAAAUGUUUGUGAAGUUCUGUAUAAAAAAACAACGAAAAAACAAUUAUUAUACAAGGUGGUGCCUCUCAUACGCCGCGGAGGCUCCAAG